AUGGGGGACGCCGCGGUCGGCGAGGCCACGGUGGCGAGGGUGGUGCUCGCGGACGGCGAGCUGCAGCGGUUCCCCGGGGGCAACCGUGCGUCGCACGCGCUCAAGGCUGCGGCCGCCACCGCAACCGCCACCGGCUGCGCCGGAGGUGCGUGCUUUCUGUGCAGCGCCGACGGGCUCGAACUCGGCGGCGCGGUGGCGGCAGUGGCGACCGACGAGGACCUGCAGCCCGGGCAGCUCUACUUCGUGCUCCCCGCGUCGAUGCGGCGCCGGCUGCUGCAGGCAGAGAAGAUGGCCGCGCUCGCCAUCCGCGCCAGCGCCGCGCUGAUGGGGUACCACGAUGGCCCGCUCGUGUUCCCCGACUCAGCCGCUGUCGGAGAGGAGGUCGGGGAAGCACGGCGUGAUGGCGAGCGACGGGGCGGUGGCGCCAAGAGGUAG